AUGGAUGAAGAAAGAAAAAAAAGAUUAGAGGAUUUAAAACAACAAAGUUUAGAAUUAGAAAAGGAAGCACAAGAAAGAGAGAAAAGAAAUGAAGAAAGAAAGAAAGCACGUGAAGAACAACAAAGAUUAGCAGCGGAACAAGAGAAAAAAGAUGAAGAAGAAAGAUUAAAAAAACAAAAAGAACGUGAAGAGAGAAGAAAGAAACGUGAGGAAGAUGAAAAGAUUCUAAAGGAAGAGAUGGAGAAAUUAGAGUCUGAUAAAGCAAAUAGAAUAACAUCGCCAAAAACUCCCACAAGUGGUAGUAGUAGUAUAGCAUUAUCACCAUCAACAUCAUCUUAUUCAAUCUCUGAGAAUAGUGGUGGUGAUUCAUCAACUUCAUUAUUAUCAGCACAAGCAAUUUCAGCCAAAGAAGAAAGAGAGAAAAGAAGAAAAGAAUUGGAAGAGGAAGCUAAAAAAUUAGAAUUGGAACAACAAAAAAUUAGAGAAGAACGUGAAAAAAGAAAAGAAGAAAGAAGAUUACAACAAGAAGAAGAACAAAGAAAACUUCAAGAUUUAUUAGAUAAAAAAGAUUCUGAAAAAAUUGAAAAAUUAAAACAAGAAGAAAAUGAAAAAUUAGAAAAAGAAGAAAAAGAGAGAAUAGAAAAAGAAUUAACUGAUAAAAAAGAAAAAGAAGAAAAAGAAUUGGCUGAUAAAUUAGAGAAAGAACGUCAAGAGAAAGAGUUGGCUGAUAAACUUGAAAAGGAGAAAAAAGAAAAAGAAGAAAAAGAAUUGGCUGAUAAACUUGAAAAGGAACGUUUAGAUAAAGAAAAAAAAGAUAAAGAAGAAAAAGAAUUGGCUGAUAAACUUGAAAAAGAAUCUCAAGAAAAAGAGUUGGCUGAGAAAUUAGAGAAAGAGAAAGAAUUGGCUGAUAAACUUGAAAAAGAACAAAAGGAAAAAGAAGAAAAAGAACGUCAAGAGAAAGAAUUGGCUGAUAAACUUGCAAAAGAACAAAAGGAAAAAGAAGAGAAAGAAUUGGCUGAUAAAUUAGAAAAAGAACGUCAAGAGAAAGAAUUGGCUGAUAAAUUAGAAAAAGAAAAACAAGAAAAAGAAUUGGCUGAUAAAUUGGAAAAAGAAAAACAAGAAAAAGAAUCACUUGAAAAAUUAGAAAAAGAAAAACAAGAAAAAGAAUUGGCUGAUAAACUUGCAAAAGAACAAAAAGAAAAAGAAGAAAAAGAAGAAAAAGAAGAAAAAGAGAAACAAGAAAAAGAAGAAAAAGAAAGAAAAGAUAAAGAAUUAGCAGCAGCAGCAGCAGCAGCAGAAACAGAAAAACUUGAAAAAGAACGUUUAGAGAAAGAGAAAAAAGAAUUGGAAGAAAAAGAAUUGGCAGAAAAGCUUGAAAAAGAAAAACUUGAAAAAGAAUUAACUGAUAAAUUAGAGAAAGAGAAAAAAGAGAAAGAAUUAGCAGAUAAAUUAGAAAAAGAGAAACAAGAUAAAGAAUUGGCUGAUAAGCUUGAAAAGGAACAAAAAGAAAAAGAAGAAAAACAAAGAAAAGAGAAAGAAUUGGCUGAUAAAUUAGAAAAAGAGAAACAAGAUAAAGAAUUGGCUGAUAAACUUGCAAAAGAAAAAGAAGAAAAAGAAAGAAAAGAGAAAGAAUUGGCUGAUAAAUUAGAAAAAGAGAAAAAAGAUAAAGAAUUGGCUGAUAAAGUUACAAAAGAAAAAGAAGAAAAAGAUAAAAAAGAAAAAGAAUUUAAAUUAAAAUUAGAAAAAGAACAAAAAGAAAAAGAAUUAAAAUUAAAACAAGAAAGAGAAUUUGCAGAAAAAGAAGAAAGAGAUCGUUUAGAAAGAGAGAAAAUUUCAAAAUCUAUUGAAAAAGAAACAAAAUCAUCCACAAUAACUGAUCAAUUUAAAUUAUCAAUUGAAAAACAACUUCAAAGUCAAUUAGAAAAUAAAAAGAAACCAGUACAAGUUACUGAAGAUAAUAGUAGUAGUGAUGGAUCAACAUCAACUUUAACAUCAUUAACUAAAGAUAGAGUUAAAAUGAAAGGUAGACAAGCACCAAGUAAAAGUCAUAAAGCACCAGGUUCAACUUCAACUUCAAAUGGUGGUGGUGAUGAUGAUGUGGGUAGUGAUCAACAACCAUCAUUAUUAUCAAAAGCAUUAGAAAGUAAUAAAAAUAAUGAAUCAUCUCCAACUACUAAAAAGAAAAUUGUAUUACCACCUGGUGCAGUCGGUGGAAUAAUGGGGUCAAUGGCAUCAUUGGCAAUGGAAGCACAAAAAAAGAAAAUGGAAAUUGAAAAUAAUAAACUUUUAUCAAAUGUUUUAAAGGAUGAACCUGCAGCACCAAAUUUCGUUAGAGGUAGAUCACAAUCUGUAUCAGUCACAUCAACAUUGAAACAAGAUCCAAAUAAAUUUUUAAAUCAUAAAAAGAGUAUUGAUACUUAUUCAGGCCUAAGAGCAAGAUUAGUUCAUUGUAAAGGUAAAAAGAGAAUUUUAACCAAAGAGGUUGAAAUCUCAAUAAAUUCAUUGAAUAAAAUGGAUGCAUUCGUUUUAGAUUGUGGUAUUGAAAAUUCAAAUGUUGGUGGUGAAUCAGUUGAUAGUAAUUCACAUUCUACCAUUUUCACUUGGUAUGGCUCAAAAUCAACUGCCAAUAAGAAAGCCAAAGCAGUUGCAAUUGCAGAAAUCAUUAAAUCUCACGAAAGAGGUGGUCAUGCUACAAUAAUUAAAUUGGAUGAAGGUGAUGAAAAUGAAUUAUUUUAUAAACGUAUUGGUGGAGGUUCAUCACAUAAAUCUACUAUUAAUCCAGAUGGUGGUGAUGAUUUAGAAGCGGAAUUAAAUUGGGCAUCAUCAUUCACACUAUUGAAGUAUUUAACUGAUAAAGAUCAAUUAAUUCAUAUUGAUACUAAAUCAUUAUCAAUGGAAUUAUUAGAGUCUGAUGGUUUCUAUGUAUUGGAUACUGUUAGUGAGUUCUAUGAAUGGUCAGGUAGAAAUUCCGAUCAAUCAUUAAAGGAACAAUUCCAUAAGAAAUGUCAAGAACGUUUAAAGAAUAAUCAACAUAGACAAUCAUGGGUUGAAUCAGUUGUAUUAUCAGAAGGUGGUGAAACUGUAUUAUUUAGAGAGAAAUUCUUUGAUUGGCCAGAUCUUUCACAUGAAGUUUCCCUACAAAGAAUGGGUUUUGGUAAGAAGAGAGUAUUUGAUGUUUCAAUUCCCUAUGAAAAGAAAUCACCUGCAAAGAUGAAUCAAUUCCAAGUUAGAGAAAUGGUUGAAAUUGAAAGAGCUGAAGAAGUACUCAAAAGUGAUGGUAGUGGUGAGUAUGAGAUUUGGUAUAUUGAAAAUUGUAAAUCCUAUCCUUUACCAAAGGAAGAGUAUGGUCAUUUCUUUAGUGGUUGUUGUUAUUUGAUUAGAUAUACCUACACCAAAUGGAAUGCACUCAAAUAUGCAAUUUACUAUUGGCAAGGUGCUGAUGCAUCUCGUCAAGACGUUGGUUCAUCUUCAUUACUCUCAAAAGAUCUUUAUAUUGAAACUAGUGCUCGUGGUGAAUGUUCUCAAGAUCCUGAAAGACAAGGUAGAGAAACCAAUCAUUUCAAUAUGAUUUUCAAUGGUAAAAUGGUUGUUCAUAAAGGUGAUAGAACCACUUACCAAUUCAAUAAUAAUACCACUAGAAUGUAUCAUGUUUUUGGUAAAAAAUCAAAUGCAAUCACUGCUUCACAAACCAGUAAACUUUCUUCAACUUGUUUAAAUAGUAGAGAUUGUUUCAUCAUUACCAAUUGUUCAACAAAUCAAACUUUUAUUUGGGAAUCUAAAGGUUCAAAUAAACAAUUGAAAGAGGAAUCAUCAAAAUUAGCUUCACUUUCAAAUAGUAUUUCAAAAUCAAAAACUAAUCCAAUCAUUAAAGUCAUUAAAGAAGGUUCAGAACCUGACGAAUUUUGGAAAUUAAUUGGUGGAAAUGGUAAAUAUGCAAACUUUGAUUAUGUUUAUCAAAAUGUACCAACUGAUUGGGAAAAUCAAAUUAAAUUAUUUGCAAUCGUAAAUACUGGUACCAUUAUUAGAGCUGAUGAAAUCUAUCGUUUCAGUCAAUAUGAUUUAACUCCAAGUAAAGUCUAUCUAUUGGAUAAUAGAAAGAAUGUUUUCGUUUGGUCAGGUUUAAGAGCACAAGAAAAAGAAAAAAAGAGAGGUAUGGAAAUUGCAAUUGAUUAUGUAAAAUAUUUAGCUGAUUCUAGAACUGAAAAUGAUGUUUUAUUCAUUACUCAAGGUGAUGAACCACUUUCUUUCACUUGUUAUUUCCAUUGUUGGGAUUCUUUAAGACUUAACAACAGCAACAACAACAACAACAACAGCAAUGGUUCUUCAAAUAAUACUGCUGAUGGUGCUGAUGAACUUGAUGAUGGUGCAUCACCAAAGAAUGCUGUUAAUCUACUAAAGAAAUAUUAUCAAGUUUUACCAUUUGAAAAAUUAAUUGAAAAGAAUACACCUCCUGAAAUUGAUCGUUCAGUUUUAGAAAUGUAUCUUAGUGAUGAAGAUUUUGAAAAACAUCUUGGUAGUAGAGCUGAAUGGGAUGCUUUACCAGCUUGGAAAAAAACUGAAAAGAAAAAAGUUUCUGGUUUAUUCUAA